CUUAGUCCAUAGCCAUAUAUAGUGUGAGUAUCUUUUAUGAUCCUUUUUUUUGGCUAGAGCGAACAGGGAAUGUGAGUCAACAUUUCAGCCUUUCUCAGGAAGCCAAGAAAGUCAACGUGUUUGUGCACACAUCUACACACUUGCUCCUGCUGGCUGGAUUAUAGCGUGUGUUUGAGAGAGGUGCGCUGCGCUGCCUGCGAGUUGGACCGGACAAUCCCGCAAUCUCUCUGCUUGGAGGAGAAUGCGGCGCUGGUGCUGAAACACACACACACACACACGCAUUCAUACCCAUUGAGGAUGGCCACCGCUGUGUUUCAGGUAUCAUCCUCCUGCGUUCCUGUUGCCAACUAUGAACUGGCCCCCAGCAUUGACCUCCCACUGAAACAUAUAGAGACCACAGGCUCAACCAAAUCCUCCAAGAGCAUGGAGUCUCGACGCAGACCAUCCAGGAGCUUGAGUCUGAUCCAGGCCAUGGAGGAAAACUAUGAGGUGGACCUGGUCUACAUCACAGAGCGCAUCAUUUCUGUGAGCUUCCCCAGUAAUGUAGAAGAGCCGAGCUACAGCGCUAACAUAAAGGAGGUCGCCACCAUGCUACGCUCCAAACAUGGUGACAACUACUUGCUCUUCAACCUCAGUGAAAAGCGAUAUGAUAUUGGAAACACGAGGCGAUGGCUUGAUGGUGGAAAUGUUCACUCAUUCAGAAAGAACACAACUGGAAACCGAGGUCGAACGGGGGUAGUUGUAGCUGCGUACAUGCAUUACAGCAACAUAUCAGCGAGUGCAGACCAGGCUCUGGACAGGUUUGCCAUGAAGCGGUUUUAUGAAGAUAAAGUGCUUCCUGUGGGUCAGCCCUCCCAGAGAAGGUAUGUGCAGUACUUCAGCGGUCUGCUCUCCGGCCAUAUCAAGAUCAACAACAAGCCCCUGUUUCUGCACCACGUCAUCAUGCACGGGAUCCCAAACUUCGAGUCCAAAGGAGGUUGCCGCCCUUUCCUUAAGAUCUACCAGGCUAUGCAGCCCGUCUACACAUCUGGGAUCUAUAACGUCCAAGGAGACAGUCAGACCAGUAUCUGCAUCACCAUUGAACCCGGCCUGCUUCUGAAAGGAGACAUUCUGCUCAAGUGUUAUCACAAACGCUUCCGCAGCCCGUCCCGUGAUGUCAUCUUCAGAGUGCAGUUUCACACCUGUGCUGUUCAUGAUCUGGGCAUCAUCUUCGGCAAAGAUGAGCUUGAUGAAACAUUUAAAGAUGACAGAUUUCCUGAAUACGGAAAAGUGGAAUUUGUCUUUUCUUUCGGCCCAGAAAAAAUCCAAGGAACGGACCACCUUGAGAACGGGCCCAGUGUUUCUGUGGACUACAAUACCCAAGAUCCUCUGAUUCGCUGGGAUUCUUACGAGAACUUCAACGAGCGCUGUGAAGAUUCAGUGGAGGACGUUAUUCACACACAAGGUCCAUUGGAUGGUAGUCUCUACGCUAAGGUUCGGAAGAAAGAGUCUCUUGAGGGAGGGGUCACAACCAAUGGUGUCCCAGCCACUGUCGAUCACACUUUACCUGCUGUAGACCCCACUCUACCACCAGUUGACCACGCCUUGUCUGUAAGCAGUGACUCUGGCAAUUCCACUGCUUCCAUCAAAACCGACCGCACGGAUGAAGCCAGCCAUCAGCUGGCCUUGGUGAGUCAGCCGUCCUCCCAGCCCCUUAGCCCAGAGGAAAAACAGGAGCUGGACCAGUUGCUCAGUGGUUUGGAAGCACCAAUGCAUCGCACAGGUUACCAAAACAGCUCUGGCAGCGUAGGCGGUGGAGUCCUACACCUUGUCCCCGCCCAGGUUCAUGUCAAUGGACACAACAACAUAGACCGUGAGACAGAUAUCCUCGAUGAUGACCUGCCCAACAGUCAGGAAGGGAACAGUGUGGACAGUCUCGGAACCAUCUCAUCUUUUGAGGGCAGAGCCACUCCAGCAGAUCUAUACUAUCAGUCAGAGACGGUCAUCAAUGGACAAGAUGCACAACAUGACUUGGAGAAGGGCGUCCAUGAGAAAAUACCAGAGCCCAAAGUCCACAGCUCCUCAUCUGUCCAAGAGCACUUAAGAUCAUCUAGUGACUAUGCCAACCAGAAUGGCAACAUCUACCGAUCUCAAUCAUUAGGGGCAACCCCGACCACAGAGCAGAAUUACAUGCCCAAAGCUCCCACACGCACGACCAGCAGUAGGGAUGCAGUGCAGAGGGGACUGAAUGUGUGGCAACAAUAUGGUGUUCCUGAGGUCCCUGUCACAGAUGGGGUCACCUUCAACCCUGUAUUGCAAUCCCACAGCCUUCCGGAGUUUCCUCACAUGGCAUCUCAGCAAGACAUUGAACAGUCCAUUGAAGCACUCAACAUGCUGAUGCAGGACCUUGACCCAGCACUUACUCAAGUCCCCAAGUCCCAUAGUGCCCCAUCUGGAGACGAUGGAGUGGUCACCACCCAACCAUCUUUUUCUCAAACCCAAGCACGGCCGUCCUACCAAGCUGACGCAGCCAUUCAUGGCAGUGGUGGAGUCUCUUCGGGGGGAUACCCUUCGACCUUUCAACAGGUAGCCACAGAGCCUCCACAACCCACCAUGAACCAGCAGAGACCCACAGCCAUAUCCCAGCAUGCUGCAUUCCUUUCAAAGGCAGAAGGUCAGGCUCCAAUGUCCCAGUCCACAGUGCCUUCCUCCGCCUUUGGAGUUCUCCAUUUGAAACCCCUCAACAUUUACCCCUCAAGUACCACGUCCCAGGCCCCUGAGCCCCAGGAGAGCCAGCGUAGCUAUUCUGCCUCCUCAUCCCCUCUGCCUAAAGAGUCUGAACCGGAAGAUGCCAACUACAAAUUGGAUGGUCUUGUAGCUCACCGUGUAGCUGGAGUUCAGUCUGGUGAAAUGUCACCAGAUGAGACUUCAGUUCCUGGACGGUGCCGGACCAUCAGUGAGGACCUUUCCCAAGAUGAGAGCCUAACCCGAGGAAGCUCGGUCCGCUCCCCCAUCCGCUGCAUCUCACCCGAGCUGGCCAAUACGAUUGCUAUGAACCCUGGGGGGCGGCCCAAGGAGAGACACAUGCACAGCUACAGAGAAGCAUUUGAGGAAAUGGAUGGGGGUCCCGUCAGCCCCCCUCCGAUCGCUGGUGGUGAGGCCCUACCCCAAACCCCUGCCUUCCCUGUCUCGCCACAAACCCCUUACUUCAAUCUGAGUCGAUCUCCUCCAGGACUGGCUAAAACACCACUGUCCUUCCUGGGCUUGAAGCCCCACAACCCUGCUGAGAUACUGCUCAACCAGACAGGCUCAGAGCAGCAUAUUAAACUAAUCCCACAUUACAUCUGCUUAAUAAAGUGCAUAUUUCAUUUCCCAGAUGGAAGUCCAGAGACCAGGCUGCACGUGAAGUUUGUCCAGGACACGUCCAAAUUCUGGUAUAAACCAGAUAUCUCCAGAGACCAAGCGAUCAGCAUGCUGAAAGAUCAAGAGCCUGGAGCCUUUGUCAUUCGGGACAGUCAUUCAUUCAGAGGGGCCUACGGCUUGGCCAUGAAAGUUGCCUCACCACCUCCGACCCUGCAACCUACAAAGAAAGCUGGAGAUGUCACUAAUGAGCUGGUGAGACAUUUCUUGAUUGAGACGAGUCCGAAAGGCGUGAGACUGAAGGGCUGCCCUAACGAGCUGUACUUUGGCUGCCUGUCUGCACUGGUCUACCAGCACUCAAUCACUCCUCUGUCUCUACCCUGCAAACUAGUCAUACCAACCAGAGAUCCUCUAGAGGAGUCACCUGAGAUCGCUACACCAACUAACCCGGCGGCAGAGAUGCUCAAACAGGGUGCAGGGCAGAAGAGUUCAUCUGACUCCCAUGGUAAACCCAGUGAUGCUCUGCGCAUUCUUAUUCAUUUAUCUGUGUCAUUGUGUUUAACCUGACUUUGACUGCCGUGUCUAGAGAGAGAACCGCACUCUUCUUUUACUACUGUCUGUGCAUGUGAUGGUCCAGACCUCCAGAAGCACCUUCACCUGUCUGUUAAAAACUGUUCGGCUGCUGUGUUUUAAGCUUUUUGUCAAGGCCUCGAUUGCAUUUCAAGAACACCUUUCUAAAUGAAUGUGGCAUGUUCUUUCAUGACUGAUGUUAGAUUACUAUGCAUGGAUCUACUGAUAGAUGAUGCCAGUGUUUCUCAAUUUCUUUUCAGCUCCGCCUUUGAGAGAAAAAAAAUUACGAAUUAUGAAUACUAAUCAAUUGUUGCCACAUUUUGGUAAAGUACAUAAAACUGUUGAACUGUAGAUGAAGUUAUUUUAAAAAACCAUUACCUGCAUUUUCUUUCUAUAGUCUUAUGAUAUGUCUUUCUAGUAAUAAAA